AUGCAUCUCUUCCGCCGGGGGACCUCAUCCCUCUUCAACUCGUCCAAUGCUUCACUCGCGUCCUCCAAAUCCGAUGCCACCACCGAUGCCGUGGGUGACAAGGCUCUCGCUAAGGAUGGUUUUCAAACCAUCUCCUCAAGCGACAAGCUGUUUUCCAACGUCGACCCUGCGUUAGACGGGGACGACUGUCUGCAUGAUUGCGCGACAUGCACCGUCAAAUACCCCGCUAAAUUCGAUGUCGAUCACGAAGACGAAUUAUAUGGCCAAGUCAAGGGCUGGUCAACGCAUAUAUUGGUCGCAACGGGCAAGUCAGAUUGGGUGCGAGAUGUCGCGGACGAGACGGGCAGUGUCAUGGAAGCGAUUGAAAAAGGCGGGCUGGAACCAAGCAACGGGAGACUCAAGCUAUCAGCUUCCAACAUGCCCGUACCGGACGAAUACCACAUGGCCGACGCCGGCAAACAGCCGACCGAUGUCCUCCUGCUGCCCAGCUUCACUGUCGUUGAGCAUGUCACACCACAGCUAGCACCAGACCUGAUUGAGAACUUUGUCAACAAAUCUCUCACCACCACCACACCACUGGGAUCAUCCGGCGAUAAGGAAAACACAAGCCCCACCUCCCCAACCGAAACCCAAGACCUACCGCAUCCAACCUCCACCUCCAUCACAUCCCUCAAGUCGCACCCUAGUCCCCACGCAGCAGUGAUCCUCCUCUGCUCGCAGCGCACCCGUGACGCUCGCUGUGGACAGUCGGCGCCUCUUCUGCGCCGCGAGUUCGAGCGUCACCUGCGCCCGCUCGGUCUAUACCGCGACAUGGACGACACCCGGCCCGGCGGUGUGGGAAUCUAUUUCAUCAGCCAUGUCGGAGGUCACAAGUACUCUGCGAAUGUGAUUGUAUAUCGCCGCCGGGACUUUGAUUGGUACAAGCGAGGUGGAGAGGAAGAAGACGAAGGAGCUUCGCAGGGAAUCUGGCUGGCGCGUGUGCGGCCGGAAGAGUGUGAAAAUAUCAUUCGGUAUACUGUGCUCCAGGGCAAAUUGCUCAAGCCUGAGAAGCAAUUGCGCGCUGGGUUUGACCGAGAGCGCGGAUUGACGAGUUGGUAA